UCUCAAAGGCGGUACAAAAAGGUAGAUCAAAAGUGCCGCCCUGUUCCAGUGCUCGUAGCCGAGGAAAAGGAAGUAUACUACGAGYGGAAGAGAGAAUUGAUACGCCAGAUGCGGGAGAAUGYUGAGAGUAUGCCAUGUCGUAUCAAUCUGGAGACCGAGAAGGCGCUGAUUAUAAGGGAGCCUGGCUUCCUUACAGCGCAGGAAGAGAAGCUUAUGGUGGACAUCAUAAGAGGAAAGCACACUGCAUAUGCCUUCAAUGAUGACGAAAGAGGACGUCUGGACGUGGAUAAAAUCCCCAUGAUUAGGAUACACACCGUGUCGCAUGAGCCGUUGAAUUUGCGGGGUGCACGAUAUCCUAAUCCAGCUGAUGAGGAAAAGGUAGUCAACUACCUAGAUGGGAAGAUCUGCACGCAUGUAUCAGACUACUCGAGCGGGCCGUAUGCAUCCUCCUGGUUUUGUUUUAUUAAGCCAAAUAGGACGUUGAGGUGGGUACAGGACUUGCAGCGCCUAAAUGCUGUGACUGUUAGAGACGCAGGUGGUCUCCCUAACGCAGAUGCGCUUUCAGAGGCAUGUGCAGGGAGGGCCAUUAUAUCUCUGAUAGAUCUAUAUUCUGGUUAUGACCUGUUUCCUGUAUACCCAUCUGACAGACCAAUGACGGCGAUGCAUACCCUUCUAGGGUUGAUCCACAUGAACGUUGCACCACAGGGGUGGACGAAUGCGGUCGCCAUGGUCCAGAGGCACAUGGUGAGGGUGAUGCAGCCAGUAAGCCCUCACAUCACUCAGCCUUACAUUGAUGAUUUGGCCGUGAAAGGGUCGAAGAAGAAGGAUGAGCGGGAGGUCAUGCCGCGAAUCAGACAGUUUGUCUGGGAUCAUGUGCAAGACUUAUGUCAAGUCCUGGACUUGUUAAAGGAGCAUAACCUCACCGCGAGUGGGCCAAAAUCGAAGCAUUGCAUGAGUGGUACCACUAUCUUAGGAUUUGUGGGCGACGAGAGGGGUCAUCGGCCAGAUACUAAGAAGACGAACAAGAUUCUCGAAUGGCCAACCCCGUUCGAGACGAUUACAGAAGUGAGAAACUUCCUCGGCACAUGCGGGUUUUGGAGAAUAUUUAUUAAGGGGUUUGCGGCGAAGACAGAGCACCUGCGAAAGCUUGUGCGUCAAGGCCAAGAUUGGGAAAGGGGAGAAAUGCAGGAGGUGGUGAUAAGGGACCUGAAAAAGGAGUUUGAGGAAGGAGGACUGGUUUGUAUUAAGGGUGGAUCCAACUGUUCUAGCGGGUUCCUGCACAACGAGGAGGAUAUAAGACUUCACAUCAACUCCUGGGCGUUGGCCGUGGGUAACUAUGUUACUCCUGGGCGACCUGUGUGGCUUGCGCCUCCAGGACAUGCACGACGGCCAAACUUAGUCCUCAAGCCAUAUAUUGAAGAAGAUUAUUGGGGAAGGCCGGGCGUAGAAUGGAUGAUGGAGCUGGAAUUAGCAGACAAGUACGAGCUACAGGAGGAGCUGCUCACGAUUGAGAGUGGGGCGCUACAGGUGGGUAAGCACGAGAAGAUGAUAGGUGGGGUGUACCUGCUGGCAAAUGCACUGCUUCAGGAAGAGACGGUCAGAAAUACGGUAGUAGACCAGGAAGAGGAGAUAGAGCCAGGAGAAGGUGACAACGUGAUCCACGAGAGGGAGGACGACGAGUUUGAGGAAGGUGAGAUUAAAGAAGCCUUUCGAGCAGAAGAAUAUGUGGGGGUAUACCUUCAACUCGGCAUGCUUCUUUCGUGCGAGAUGAGGGAAAGGGGUGCCUGCACGCGAGUUCUGAAGAUGAGGCCUAGUUUCCUAGUAAGGGACGGCCAUCUGUUCAUGAGAAGUAAGGGAAGAGACCUCAAAAGAGUAGUCUGCGGCGUCGCUCGCCAGAUUGACAUGAUGGCGGCACUGCACGACGGUACGACAGGUGGCCACAGAGGUGCAGAUACGACAUAUCUGAAGAUCCACGAGUUGUACUAUUGGGAUGGCAUGGGACAGAUGAUUGAUGACUACUGUAAGUCCUGUGUACCAUGCCAGAAGCGAUCCUCUCUUAGACCUAGAGAGCCGCUUCACCCAAGGUAUGUUCGUGAGGUUGGAGCCGUCGUACACCUGGACCUGUUGGCAAUGCCGUUGGGAAUAGGGAGCUACAACUUCAUCUUCGAUGCGCGGGACAACCUCUCUGGGUUUGUGGAUGGCAGGGCCAUUCGCACGAAGACUGGCGAGAUGCUGGCUCAGUGCAUUGAAGAGUAUUAUCUUCGCUAUCCCUUUGUUUCCAGGGUCACCAGAUGUGGUGAACAUGGUGCCUACCAAAUCGAAGAGCUGAACGGGACGGCAUGGAAGGACUGGGUGUCAGGCUCGAGGCUAAAGAAGUCCGUGGCUCGAGACGAGACCCUUCGUACAAUCCAUGGUGGCAUCUGCCAUGAACUGGGGGCACUGCAAGAAGCUGCUAUGGAACUAUUAUACUCCAGCUCGUCAGAUGCACCUCCACAACCUGCUCAGAGGGAGAUGAAUGACCCCAUGCCUGACGCAGAGCCAGACAUCCCUCACGAGCCGCAUACGCAAGAGCUGAGGGAGGAACCGUCUGUUGAUGAAAAAAAGCUGGACGGAGAAGAGAGGGCAGCAAGGGAGCUGAAGAUCAGGACUCAACUCCGAAAGAAGAACCUGGCAGAACUGCAUGAGAGGAUGCAGCAAGGAACGGCGCCUGAGGAGGUGGAGGACAGAAAAGGAAAGGGUACCUGCACUCAGGAGGAGGACCCUCCUCUGUUCUCAGAGGUCUGGAUGGGCUUCGAUAAGCUGAUGGACGCCACAGGAAGAUUAGAGGUCCAAAGGCUGCAGGUCUUCAAGAAGGAAAAGGAAAUGGAGAAGGCAGACCAGCAGGAUGGUGAGGAAAUCCCUCUGAUCGACAAGGAAAUGUUGGAACCGUCAGAGACACUGGCAGAGGAAGGCACGAAGGUCGAAGAGGUUGAUUGGAGAAUGCCAGCUGGUCUAACACUGGAACAUGAGCCAGCAGUACCACAGGAGGGACCACUAGUUGAGGCAAUGAGAGCUGGGGAGGUUCCACCUCCCCUUCGGAAAGAGACUGCGGAAGAGCAGGAGGGUAAGGAAAGUGUGGGCCAGACCAUGGUUGGGACUGAGCAGAGAGUGGACCUGAGGGACUGUCAGGUGUCAACCAUGCUUCAGGAGGUGCCAGUUGCUAUAGAUUUGCGGGAUGUACUGGGAUCUUGGGCCACUGGGUCAGGGCCAGAGGGGCGUGUUGGGGAGUCGGGGAUGCCAACAGAUGACAGAGCAGCCUGCCCCGCUUCCUCAGGGGUCCCACAGCAGGAGGUUACGAGCAAGAUCUCAACAACCCCGUCAUCUGUACCCUCGCUGGAAUGAGAGAAGAUGACUCAGAAGAAGCUUGGCAAGUGCUUCUAUUGCAAGAGGGGCAAACAUCGAUCUGAUGACUUCCCCAAGAG